GGAGAGGAGGAGACUGAAGAUCUGAUUAACACCAGUCUGUCUUUGGCAGGAGAAAGAUCAGACUCUCGCUCUGACAGCGGGAAGAAUCUUUCAGGAGAACCAGAUCCAGAAACGGCCAAACCAGCGAGACGACACAACUGCGCCCAGUGUGGAAAGACAUUUAUCCAGUUAUCGCAUCUGAAAGAGCACGAGAGAAUACACACAGGUGAAAAGCCUUACCACUGCUCCCAGUGUGAAAAGAGUUUUACCCAGUUAAAUAUGCUGAAACGACAUGAAAUAAUACACACAGGAGCGAAGCCUCACCAAUGCUCCCAGUGUGGAAAUAGUUUUACCCAGCUAUGGAACCUGACAGUGCAUGAGAGGGCACACACAGAGAAGCCUUACCACUGCUCCCAGUGCGGAAAGAGUUUUAGCUGGUUAGGGAGCCUGAAAGUACACGAGAAAACGCACACAGGGGAGAAGCCUUACCACUGUCCUCAGUGCGAAAAGAGAUUUUCCCAGUUAGAGCAACUGAAAAAACACAAGAGAACGCACACUGGAGAGAAGCCUUACCACUGCUCCCAGUGUGGGAAGAGUUUUACCCUCCUAAGAAAUCUGAAAAACCAUGAGCUAAUACACUCUCUAUAUAAGCCUUACCUCUGCUCGCAGUGUGGAAAAACAUUUUUCUCAUCAGAUUCCCUGAAAAAACAUGAGCUAACUCACUCUGUAGAGAAGCCUUUCCACUGCUCACAGUGUCGAAAGACAUUUUUGUCAUUAGGGCCCCUGAAACAACAUGAGAGGACGCACUCAGGAGAGAAACCCUAUCAUUGCUCUAAGUGUGGAAAGAGUUUUACUUCAUCGAAUUCCCUGAAAAAACAUACAAUAAUACACUCAGGAGUGAAACCCUACCACUGUUCCCAGUGCAAAAAAAGUUUUGCCCACUCGUGGCACCUGAAAUAUCAUGAGAGGACUCACACAGAAGCAAAAUCGUAUCAUUGCUCCCAGUGUGUAAAGAGUUUUACCAUGUCAACAUACCUGAAAAAACAUGAACUAACACACUCUGUAGAAAAGCCUUUCCACUGUUCGCAUUGUGAAAAGAGUUUUAAGAAUUUAAGGAACCUGAAAGUGCACGAGCAAAGACACGCAUGUUCUUUGGGCCUUUCCACUGCUCCCUCUGUGGAGGAAAAUGUACCUGGUUUCAGCAACUGAAAAAUCAUGAAAGAAUCCACACUGGAUAGAAGCCUUACCAGUACUCCAGGAUAGAAGCCUUACCAGUACUCCUUGGGUGAAAAGAGAUAUACCAUAAAAAUGUAAACGCAGAGUCUCAAAUAGCUGCCUGUCCCUUUUAAUAGCCGGGCAACAGAACACAUUUCAGCAAAUAAACACCUGUUUCAAAUCAACGCUGGGUCUAAAGGAAUUGUUAAUGAGGUUACUAUGAAUUGUUUUACUAGGUUUAAUGUUUGAUUUGUUACAUUAAAUAAUUCUGUAAUGACUUGGAAAAAAUGAUGGCAAUCAUUUGUUUUUAUCACCAGUAAGAAACUGCUAGCCAUUGGCUGCUAACAGCUGAGAACUGCUCGCUUACUGGCAAGCACAAAAACAGUCAAAACAUCGGGAGUACAGACCCCCAGAAAUGGACUGAUCGCCCUCUAGUGGCGAAAGUAAGAACUGUCAAGAAUGCACAGUCAAAGAGGAGAAUAAUUAUUCUGUCAAGGAAAAUAUGUUUUUUUCCCCCAAAAUAAAGGCAUAUAUAUCAAGGAAAUAGACAUCUGUCUCAAAUAGAAGCCUGUCUCUAAUAAGACCUUGUUGUGUUCAGUGAUUUAAGCAAAUAAAGACCUGGGCUAUUAAUUGAAGUUUUACAGGAAUACAUCACAGGGAUUUAAAAUUCACAAAGUGCUCCCAGAAUUUUUACUGAGAAUAUGUUUUUGUUUAUGCCACAUAAAACAAGUUUUUAAAAGUGUACUCAUACAAAUGCAUUUUUGUUUUUUAUUUUUUUAAACAUGAAUUGAACAUGGAGUGAGUGAGUCUGUUUGAAUAUAGAGUAUCAGUUUGAAUGAAGAGUAUGUCAGUUUAAAUGUUUCAGCCUAUCUGCUCUGUGAUUAAAUGAUCAUUUUCAAACUC